AUGUCAUCGAACUGGAUAACACAACUUUUACUGAUCUUAUGUUUACAAAUGGCUGUUAUUGCUAUCGCGCGUAAUGACCCAACAAAUUACGUUGAGGAAACAAUCGAAGCUAAGGAUACACAUGAAAAAAAGCCAGUUCUCAAAAAGACGAGGAAUAAUUUUGAUGUUUCCGCCUACUAUCGUUUGACAAAUGCGUUCAAAGGUUCUAGACUAGCAUUGGAUGUCGACGAGCAAACUAAUAAUUAUGAUUUGAAGUUAAAUCCAAUUUCGGACAGGGAAUCACAGCAUUGGCAUUUUGUUCCUUUGGGUAACGGAGUUUACAGUCUACGAACACGUUCGUUUGGUGAUGAAUAUUCUCUUGAUAUUAUCAACGACGGAAAAAAUACGAUACCACAUCUCGCCAAAACCGGCCAAUAUACAGGACAGUUUUGGCAUUUGGUUCGUCGCAGUGAUGGAACAUACAACAUGUGGAAUGACUUUACAACACAAGAUAAGCUGUUAGGUGUUAUUCCAUCGUCGGGAGUUGCCAAGAUGCUCCCAAAAGCUGCUUCUGAAGCUAAACAGCGUUGGCGAUUCGUUAAGAUCGAAUAA